CUUUUCAUCAAGGUCCAGGUGAUCCUCUGCUAAUAUUUCUUUCCUGAUGCGAUCGUUGGGAACAGUACUUCUUGGUUUGGCCUCGAUCGGUUUGGCUCAAGCCGCUCGCGUGGUGUAUGACUGGAACAUCACCUACACGACGGCGAAUCCCGAUGGUCUCUUUGAACGACGCGUCGUUGGCGUCAACGGGAAAUGGCCUCCACCCCCUGUGGAAGCCACCCUCGGCGAUACUUUGGUGAUCAAUGUGCACAAUAGCUUGGAUGAGCCUACCGCUCUCCACGCGCACGGCAUGUUCCAAAAUAACACUGGCUGGAUGGAUGGUCCCUCCAUGGUCACUCAAUGUCCCAUCCCUCCAGGUUAUGAUUUUACCUAUGAGUUCGAUAUUGUUCAACAUGGCAGCUACUGGAUUCACAGUCAUUACAUGGGUCAAUACAUGGAUGGUCUUCGUACUCCUUUCAUUCUUCACAGCAAAAACGAAACAUACAAGUAUGAUUAUGACGUUACCCUUCCUCUUGAAGAUUGGUACCACGGCCAAAGUCAUGAUAACCUCGCUACUUUCUUGAACGUAUACAACCCUACCGGUGCUGAACCUGUCCCAGAGUCCGGUUUUAUGAUGCACAGCGUCAACUCAAGCCUUAACUUUGUCCCUGGCAAGACUUAUCGCCUUCGUCUUAUCAACAUGUCUGGUUUCUCCAUGUUUUACUUCAGCAUUGAUGGUCACGACCUUGAUAUCAUUGAAGUCGAUGGCAUUGAAACGAAGCGCAAGACCGUCAAGAGCGUUUACUUGACCGCUGCCCAGCGUGUGUCCGUUUUGGUGACAGCCAAGAACACGACCGACUUCAACUACUACAUGCAUGCUGACAUGAACAUUGAUAUGUUUGACCAGUUGCCUCCCGCUUUGAAGACCAAUUUGACGGCGCCCAUUUAUUAUGAUGCUUCCCACAGCAAGUUUGCUCCCAGCGAAGAUAUUGGCAUGGCCAGUGAUUUCGACGACCUUGACCUUCCUCCUGUGUUGGUUGAGGCCGCCGUUGAGCCUGAUCAUCAAGUGAACUUGACCAUUGACUUCCAAGUCACCACGGAUGGUAUCAAUCGCGGCAUGUUCAACGGCUUACCUUAUCUUUUGCCCAAGGUGCCUACUUUGAACACUAUGCUUAGUCAAGGUGAACACGCUUUGAGCACCGAAGUGUAUGGUCCCCAAACCAUUGCCCACGUCCUCAAGCAUCUUGAUAUGGUCGAAGUUGUCUUGAACAACUUGGAUGCCGGUGCCCAUCCUUUCCAUUUGCACGGUCACGUUUUCCAGAUUGUAGCUCGUGGUCCAGGUGUUUAUACUGGUAACCGCAGCCAGGCAGUGUGGUCCCUGGAUAAUCCUACCCGUCGUGACACCGUGCAAGUCCCUGCCGAAAGUUUUACCAUUAUCCGGUUCCGCGCCGAUAACCCCGGUGUCUGGAUUUUCCACUGUCACAUUGAAUGGCAUUUGGAAUCCGGUUUAGCCGCCACCUUUAUCGAAGCGCCCGAUGUCGCUCAGCAACGUAUGAAGCUGCCUCAAUCCUUCAAAGAUCUGUGUGCUGCCAGCAAUAUCCCGGCUGAAGCCAAUGCGGCCGGAAAGCAAGGCUUGGAUCUCAAGGGAGCCCCCAGUGGCAUCGAAUUGAUUCCUGAUGCCUUUACCGCCAAAGGAAAAGGUGCCCUGGCGGCUUGUGUUAUCGCUGCUCUUAUUGGUAUGGCUUCCAUUGUCUGGUUUGCUUUUGCUGAUCCGGAAAAGAAGGCUCGCAAUAUUAUGGCGGCUAAACAGCAACAAUCUUAAAUUGGGUCAAUCAUGAAUGUAUGCUUGUACCUUUUGGUUUUAUUAAUUCUUUUUUCUUGUUCAUCUGCUUCCCACUUUUAGACUCUUAAUUUUAUACUCCAUAAUUUUUUUUCGUUAUAGCUUCAUCAAUGUUGUACUUGGAGCAAAACCAAAGUCCACGCAAUAUUACAUAAAGCAACUCUCAUUUUGUUAUCUUUUUU